UACUACAACAUCCAACAUGGCGAACCGUGCGAUGUCGCGAAGACCAACGAAUAAGUGGGCAAUAGACUUGACUAGUCGACCUCGUUAUGUGCCCGAUAGACAGUUUGUUCAGCAUAGUGAGCUUCCAGCACCACUUGGGUACACAGAGCACAAAGUUCAGCAUGUGGAAUCACGAGAGGCAAAUAGCACUCACCUUGUGGCAAAGAAAUCUUGGGAUAUAGCUCUUGGACCAUUCAAGCAAGUUCCAAUGAAUCUGUUCAUUAUGUACAUGGCGGGUAAUUCUAUUUCUAUUUUCCCAAUCAUGAUGGUGGGUAUGAUGUUCCUGAGGCCAGUCAAAGCUCUCCUAGCCAUCAAAUCAACUUUUGUAUCUCUUGAAGGAGAACAUGACCAUGUUGCUCUUCAAAAAUUUUUCUAUCUUCUUGGAAACCUUUCUCUUGUUGCACUGGCGCUUUACAAAUGUCACUCCAUGGGACUCUUACCAACUGCCACAUCAGACUGGUUGGCAUUCAUGGCACACAAGACUAGAGUUGAGUACAGCGGAGGAGGUUUCAUUCUUUAGCAUCAGAGAAAGUUAUUUGUUGUCACAAAAGUAGCACUCCAGGCCGGCUUCUUUUGUUUACAUUUCUUAACCCUUUAACUUCCAAGAUCUCAUUAGUAAUUCUCCCUAUUGUCAGCUAUAUAGUUCUCAUGAUGUUAGUUUGGAGAAUUUGGUAUUGAAUCAACUAAUAAUAAUCCACUAAUGAAUAUUUUCCUUUAUUCUCAUCACUUGUCUACUUGAUAUUGUAUUGAUAUUGUAAGGAGAAAUUCUGUCUUGGUCAGUCAUGGGAGUUAAAGGGUUAAAACAAAAACUGAUGAUGUACUACAAGUAAAUUAAUCUGUGAAAUGAUGUGUACAUGAUAUAGCUUUCAGAUGAGUCAUACCCUGUAGCAUUUUAUUCCCUCUCUCUAAACUAACCCUUAACAUAAGGGAAAACUGUAAGCCUCCAGACUUGUGUACUUUGUACAGGUGUGAGCUGGCAUUUUGUUUGGGACUUCCCUUGGAAACACAAGUACAACUGUUUGUGCAACAGACCUACGAAAAAGGGAAGUUUAGAGCUGCACAAAGUGUCCUAUUGGUUCGAAUGUGGCACAAAAUUAACAGUACAAAGAAGAAUAAUGAUUUUUUUUGUUGUGUUUAAACUGCAAAUUUAUGUUGUAGACUUUAGGAUCCAAGCUGGUAGAAGCUUUUCUGCUAUUUCUUAUGCCUUUUCCUGUGUAUAAUCUCCAUGGUGAUCUCAGUAGGAAUGUUAUAACAAACAUGUAAUAGAGUUAAAGAAAGCAGAGGUUACAAUCACAUGCAGAGUACUUUGUUCCCUCAUGAAGUAAUAUUUAAGUACAAUUGAAAGCAAUGAUACUAAUGAUAAAUCUUGUGUAGAUUGUUUUUGAAAUAAAUUGAAGAGAUAAAUUAUCAAUU